UUGCAUGUCACAGUCUCUUUCAGGGUCUGCAGAAGCGUCUUUCGUAGUUUCGUCAACUUCUGCUCGCAUAAGAGAGGAUUCUGCAGAUCCGAAGCCCAUGAAAAGCAUAGCAGUGGAAGCAACAAUGCACGGGAUGACGCCUUGAUUCCAAAAAGAGGAGCCAGCUUAAGGCGAACAAACUUGGCGAAACAUGUAAUGAAAAGAGUGGAUGUGGUCGAAAUUCCAGGUCCUGACGAUAUUGCAAAGCCCAGCUACGUCCAUACUUUACCCGCAAUUCGGAGAGAAGUUGUAGCAGUCAUAGGAGCCGAUGGGACAACACAGAUUCACGCUCCAUCACUGAGCAGCAGCACCACAGAACUAGAUCCUGAUCGAGUACUGCUACUGCGACCGCAGGACAAUCCGAGCAGGUAUCGUGGAAUGAGCCUUCGCUUACGCUUGAAAGAAGAUGCAACGAGGGUGAUAUCGAAAGAUGAGGCGGAGUGUGUUGAGCGGCUAAUGAAGUACUUGCCGGGCGGAGCGGAACCCACACUUGGGCGCUGCCUCUACGCUUCGUGUGCUGACGUUGCUCCAUUUGGAAGUAUGCACGCAUUGGCAUAUCACAUGUCUGUCAAACAUCACAAAAGAGAGAAGAGUGGAAAGGCUAUACCAUGCCUUAUGUGUCCAAAGAAAUUUACGACGUGGAAAUUCUUUUAUUCUCAUAUCAAGAAGAAACACGGUCAUAUAAAAUCGGAGCAUAUUGCAUAUCGAAAGAAAGAGGCCGAUGAAUCUAUAGCAAGAAGGAAAGCUAAAAAGCUGAAAUUGAACUUGCCCGGUGAUGGUCUGCGUUCUCGCAGUCUAAGUCCAGAAUGUAGUGGCGCCAUUCGUGAUCAACGUGAACUCGAUGGGACUGAUGUCCAAAAUGCUGGCAACUGCAGUGUUCUGCCGAUUGAUGAAACCCUUGAGAAAGAUGAGGAGAUGAAAGAGCUCGAGGAGGAGCAUGAGGAUCUUGCAUGCAUUUCUACAGCUCCCUCGUCCGAAAAUACCCAGAAGGAGAACAAAAACGAGCAGAAACAGGUCAAAACUAAGAAAUGUCGAACCGGUACUCCUCCAGUCCCUCCAGAUAAUGUAGAAGAAAGGCACAGCUCAAUGAGUCUGAGGGAGCGAAGGAAGCGCAAAAUUCCUGCUCGUUAUAGAGAUGAUGACGUUGUGCUAACUGGUUCAGACGGGAUCUCUCGAAGCCGCCGCUCAUCCACAUCUUUGUGUCCAUCAACCGAACCUCCUUCGAAACCUCCUACUCCAACAGCGGUUUCUGAUGACUUGAUCAUGAAAGUUGUUACAAAAGUUAUGAAUCGCAUGCUGUUUGACGUGGAUAUGUCUUCUCAUGAGAGUAGCAGUUCACCGCUUCCUAUGGCAAAUGUUCGUAUGAAGUCUUCUAGACUCCGCAAAAGACCAGAUUGGAUGGAUAAUGAGGAUUUCAUUAUCAGUCGUCGAGAAGGUUCGAGUGAUCACUCUGUUAUGCACACUUUUAACAACAAGGAUUCUCUUACUAACCCAACCAUUCCUAAAGAAGCAACACCUCCUCCAGCUCAUAGUACUCCUACGAAAGUUGCAAGCGUGAACAAUGUGACAUCUCGCUCUCGUCGAAACAACUGGAGUCCGUCUGAUCCAUCGUACAGCCCCUCAAGCCGCCGCAAGCAAAAUCUUAAUGUAGUGAAUGAUGAUGUGGACGAUGUCACGAUUCUGUCAAAGUAUGGUAGACCUGGCAAGCCGUGCGAUUUGGCAAUGGUCCCUGUUUAUCUCUCCGGUGCACAGAAGCAACAGUUUUUCUCAUCACUGAGGCAGCUUGACCCAAAUGAGCCCGAUGGAAAGCAUGUGUGCUCGCAGUGUAAAGAAGUAGUUCCGAAUCUUAAGGAAGGACGGCGCCAUAUGGUGACACAUAUUCGGGUAAUGCGUCUCCGAUGUUCAUUAUGUGGAGCUGGCUCGUUUUUCUGUACGGAUUUGCGAGUGCAUUUGAUGGAAGGUCACUGUGAGAAGCUGCAUCGUGCACCGGAAGGGGUCGUCAAACCAAAUACUAUUCCAUGCAUGACAAAGGAGCAGGCGGAUUCCUUAUCGGAAUUGGCAGAUCCUGUUAAUCCAGGUCGAGUGAUGUAUACCAGUGGACAGAUCGUAUCAGCAAAAAGUCGGACGCCUUACUAUCCGGACCCGGUGAUAGAAGAGCGAAUUCUUGGACCAGGCAGAAUAGGUCGCCGUUUAUCUCCAGCUCGACCUAAAAAUCGACCAUAA